UCGCACUCUCUGUUGUUCUGUCGUGAUGCUAAGCUUUUAGAAUUAUUUCCGUAAAGUUUUUGAAUCGGUAAGUAAAUACCUGUAAUAGCCUAUUAUCCCCGUAGUCUUGACUACGUUCUGAAGCAAGCAGGAAUAUCUGGAGGAUUAUCAUCUGAAUUGAGAUCUGCUGCUGUGAAGAUGGAGUUUGUUAAAGAAGAGAGUGAAGAAAAUACGAGUGAACCAAAAACCUGGAGAAUAAAACACGAGGAUCCAGAAACCUGGAGAAUAAAUUAUGAGGAACCAGAAACCUUGAGAAUAAAACAAGAGGAACCAGAAAUCUGGAGAAUAAAACGCGAGGAACCAGAAACCUGGAGAGUUAAACAGGAGGAACAAGAAGAGUUUAUUGAAGAAAGUGAGGAGAACGAAGAAUUAAAUGAAGUUCAGGAGAAGAAUCAUGCCAAAACUUCAGAAAAACAUUUGAGUUGCUCUCAAACCAAACAGAAAGAUUUAAAGACAAGAGGAGCCAAGAAAUCUUUCACCUGCACUCAGUGUGGAAAGAGUUUGACAUGCAAAUAUAAUCUUGAUGUUCACUUGAGAGUUCAUACAGGAGAGAAACCAUUCACUUGUGAUCAGUGCGGAAAGUGUUUCACACAAUCUUUAAGCCUUAAGGUACAUAUGAAAAUCCACACUGGAGAGAAAGAGUACAAGUGUUCACAAUGUGACGAGAGAUUCAGUCGGUCAGGAGACCUGAAGAAACACAUGUUAGUCCACACUGGAGAGAAACCUUUCAAGUGUUCACACUGUGACAAGAGAUUCAGUCUGUCAGGAAGUCUGAAAACACAUGAGAUGAUCCACACUGGAGAGAAAUCUUUCACUUGUGAUCAGCGUGACAAGAGAUUCAGUCGGUCAGGAAACCUGAAUAAACACAAGUUAAUCCACACUGGAGAGAAACCACACACAUGUGGUCAGUGUGGGAAUAGUUUUACAAAAAAAUCUAACCUUUUGACACAUAUGAGAGUUCAUACAGGAGAGAAACUUUUCUUCUGUAAUCUAUGUGGAAGGAGUUUUUCACUUUUAACUCACCUUAAGCAGCACAUGAACACCCACACUGGAGAGAAACCUUUCAAGUGUUCACACUGUGACAAGAGAUUCAGUCAGUCAGGAAACCUGAAGAAACACAAGUUAAUCCACACUGGAGUGAAACCGUACACAUGUGGUCAGUGCGGGAAGAGUUUUACACACAAAGGAAACCUUAUGACACAUAUGAAAGUUCAUACAGGAGAGAAGCUGUUUAUAUGUUAUCAAUGUGGAAAGAGUUUUUCAUUCUUAGCAAACCUUAAGGUACACAUGUACAUCCACACUGGAGAGAAACCUUUUAAGUGUUCACACUGUGACAAGAGAUUCAGUCAUCCAGGAGACCUGAAGAAACAUGAGAGGAUCCACACUGGGGAGAAACCUUUUAAGUGUUCACACUGUGACAAGAGAUUCAGUCAGUCAGCAAACCUGAAGAAACAUGAGAGGAUCCACACUGGAGAGAAACCGUAUUACUGCACUGAAUGUGGGAAGUGUUUCAAUCAAUUAUCUUCUCUACACAGUCAUACAAAAAACAUUCACAAAAAACACAGUAAGUAGAUCAUCUUCAGAUCCAGCACUUUCAGAUCUGAUGCUGCCUUGUCAUCAAACUUGAAACGGUAAUUCAUUAAGCAGGAUCAUCUGGAUUAAUCUGUUUCUAACCAGUCGUUCCGAGUGAUAUGACAAAGAAACAUCUGAAGUUAUCACAGUGAAUCAAGUUAUCACAGUAAAUCAAGUUAAUCUUCAAAAAAGGCAGAUGAACUCUGAGAUUCAGUUCAACUCAAAGAUGGAGAUCCUUCCCAAAGAACAAUGUCAAAAUAUUUUAUUAUUGCGUAUCAUUUUGCUGCAUGAUAUUAAUGAUAUCACUGUUUUUUUAUGAGUUUCAUGUUAUGGUCAAUUAUUUUAUAAUGCAUGUGUGUCACUUGUGGUUUGCUUACUCUUUCAUGAAUUAAUGGAGAUUUUCACAAAUUGUUCUUGAUCAGGAAGCUGAAAAAGAGACUAUAACACUUUAAGAGAGACUGAGAUUAUUUUUUUAAAUUGUUCUUUGUUAUUUUUAAAAUGACUGAGUUAUUCUGCUUAAUAUGUAUUUUGGAAACGCAAAUGCAAGAAAAACUGUCAUGUAGACUUGUGAUUGCUCCUUCUUUGCUUCUCUUGUAAGUAGGAAUGGAAACCUAAACCCGGUUUUAAAGGAGUCCUGGGACUAAAUUACAAAAGACUGUAGUAAUGAUAAGCUCUAAUGCUAACUGCUCUACUUUUGAUGCUGGGUAUAUUAAAAAAAACACACAAUUUAUUAUUCUUACAUAAACAUUAUCAAGCUAAUUGUUUAUUGUUAAAUGUUUCUACAUGAGAUAAAAUUGAGAAAUUCAUCACUGAUGUGUUUUUUGUUAUUUUGCAAUCUAGAAGUGAAAUCGCUCUUGUAAUUUAGGUCUGCUUAAUCUAAUUUUAUUUUCGAUUGAGUGUGACGAGAGAUGUUCACAUGUCUUUAACUUGGAGUCUGAGUAAAGUCUGAAGUCUUUAUCGCUCGAAUCCUAGUCAAGUCUGAAAUCUUUAUCGCUGGAGUCCUAGUCAAGUCUGAAGUCUUUAUCGCUGGAGUCCUAGUCAAGUCUGAAGUCUUUAACCUAGAGUCUGAGUAAAGUCUGAAGUCUUUUAUCGCUGGAGUCCUAGUCAAGUCUGAAGUCUUUAUCGCUGGAGUCCUAGUCAAGUCUGAAGUCUUUAACCUAGAGUCUGAGUGAAGUCUGAAAUCUUUAUCGCUGGAGUCCUAGUCAAGUCUGAAGUCUUUAUCGCUGGAGUCCUAAUCAAGUCUGAAGUCUUUAUCGCUGGAGUCCUAGUCAAGUAUGAAGUCUUUUAUCGCUGGAGUCCUAGUCAAGUCUGAAGUCUUUAACCUAGAGUCUGAGUAAAGUCUGAAGUCUUUUUUCGCUGGAGUCCUAGUCAAGUCUGAAGUCUUUAACCUAGAGUCUGAGUAAAGUCUGAAGUCUUUUUUCGCUGGAGUCCUAGUCAAGUCUGAAGUCUUUAUCGCUGGAGUCCUAAUCAAGUCUGAAGUCUUUAUCGCUGGAGUCCUAGUCAAGUAUGAAGUCUUUUAUCGCUGGAGUCCUAGUCAAGUCUGAAGUCUUUAACCUAGAGUCUGAGUAAAGUCUGAAGUCUUUUUUCGCUGGAGUCCUAGUCAAGUCUGAAGUCUUUAACCUAGAGUCUGAGUAAAGUCUGAAGUCUUUAUCGCUGGAGUCUUAGUCAAGUCUGAAGUCUCACGUCAUUUAAUGACUCGCUAAAAAAAAAUCCCAUUCACGAUCAUCAGGUAUUGAAAUCUUGGCUAUAGACAAAAUCUAUUCCAGUGGUUCCCAACCUUUUUCAACUCGCGGCCCACACAACCAAACACAU